AUGAGAUACACCCUAGCAGUUCUAGUGACCCUCUGGUUGGUGGGUAUUAAUGCAGUUUAUGAGGUACCCGUACAGAAGGGUAAUAUCUGGGGGAGGUGGAAAGAGCGUAAAAUGAAAGGCUGGUGCGAAUUUGAACUGAACGAAUACAGAACUACAGGGGAAAUCAAAAUGGAUCUCAUCUUUGACAAGCCCACACGAAAUCUCAAGAUAUGGGUAAUGGAUAUUAAGAAAACACUAAAUGACGGACGGGCAUAUGAAUUAUCCAGCAAGUAUCCAUUUCAAAACAUGCUGCUUAAAGUUGAAUUCAUAUUAUCAUAUACUGGUGGAAAAAAGAAGUACCCAAAGGGGAAAUGCAUCAGUAAUAUUACGCCACCAUCUACAACGACUCUAAAACCCACUACACAAGCACCAGUGACGCAGUCAAGCAGUACAACACAACAGCCAACCACCAUGACGACACAACAGCUUACCACAAUGACGACAAAACAGCCAACCACCAUGACGACACCCGCUUCAUUAUCUGACGUCAUACCAAUAUUUGUUGAGUCGUACUGGAAUACAGGGAAUGGUUAUAGACUGACAGGAGUCUGUAAAUUCAGAAAUAACCCGGUCCUGGAUUCAUAUGUCGUCAUGGUGGAAUUCGACAAAGCGACUUCUGAUAUGACGAGAUGGACAAUGAAUGUUGAGGACCAGCAGCCCAAUGGAUUAUGGUAUUCUUUGAGAAACAGACAUCCCGAAAGAAACAAUGACAUCAAUUUACGAUUUCAAGUUAAUUUUCAAUCUCUUCCUGUACCAUCUGGAAUAUGUACAAUUGACAGAAAUGGUCAAACCAUCGCACCUAAACUUUCAACUACCGCACCAACAAAGCAACCUUCAACCAAAGCACCAACACAACCUUCUACAGGAACACCAACACAACAACCUUCAACCAAAUCACCAACACAACAAUCUUCAACCAAAUCACCAACACAGCAACCUUCAACCAAAGCACCAACACAACCUUCUACAGCAGCAUCAACACAGCAACCUUCAACCAAAUCAUCAACACAGCAAUCUUCAACCAAAGCACCAAUACAACCUUCGUCAGCAGUACCUACACAGCAACCUUCGACAACAGCACCAACACAGCAAACUUCGUCAGCAGUAUCAACUCCGCAACCUUCAACCAAAGUACCAACUCAACCUUCGACAGCAGCACCAACACAAUUGUCGACUUCUCAGGCACCAACAACAGAUGCCCCCCUCAACACAGUACAUGAUUAUGGGUUUAUUCUCCAUCAAUCAAUUUUAUUCUAUGAAGCUCAGCAAGCUGGCAACCUUACAAACAACAGGGUUUCCUGGAGAAAAAAUGCUACUACAUUAGAUAGAGGGAUUAAUGGAGAAGAUCUGACUGGAGGAUGGUAUGAUGCUGGUGACAUUGUGAACUUUAACCUCCCUAUGGCCGGUUCCACCACAAAUUUGGCCCUAGGUUUGUUGUACUGGAAGGACGCUUAUGAGAAGCCCGGGGAAUUGGAUAAUAUGUAUAACUCAAUUAAAUGGCCUUUAGACUACUUCCUGAAGUGUUGGAACACCAAUAAGAAGAUUUACUACGCACAGGUAGGCAAUGGUGACCAAGAUCAUUCCAAAUGGCGACGGCCAGAGGACAUAACCACCCCAAGGCCUGUCUAUUACCUGGACAGCAAUAAAAAAGGAAGUGACGUGGUAGGGGAGACUGUGGCCGCCAUGGCUGCCGGAGCUAUGGUCUUUAAAGAUAAAGAUCCUACAUAUUCCCAAAGACUUCGUUCCAGGGCCGAGAGCUUGUACAGUUUUGCCAAAACGAUUAAAGGUUUAUACAACAGCGACAUCAGUGACGCAGCUAGUUUUUACAAGUCGUCUCGGUAUCAAGAUGAAUUGUGUUCCAGUGCGACACUUCUGUACAUGUUGACAAACGAUGCUACCUAUCUAUCAGAGGCUGAGUCCUUUUAUAAUGAAUACGCUACUGAUAACGCGCCUUGGGCUUUCGAUUGGGACGAUAAAACCGCUCUUUGCCAAGUGUUAUUGUACAACGCUACCCAGAAAUCUGUGUACAAAUCUAGAACGGAGAACUUUGUGACAGCAUACAUGCCGGGUGGUUCCCUCCCCUAUACUAAGUGUGGACUGGCAUUCCGAUUAGAAUGGGGUUCAUUACGAUACUCUGCUAAUGCAGCGUUCAUUUCCCUGCUGGCUGCACAGAAUGGCAUUGGUGACGCAGAUUCUUACAAGACGUGGGCAAUGUCACAAAUUCACUAUAUGGUCGGCGAUAACAACAAGAACUUUAGUUAUUUAAUUGGUUACGGAUCUAAUUUUCCUUUGAGGCCACAUCAUAGAGGAAGUUCCUGUUCGCCUUCACCUGCGCCUUGUGACUGGAAUACAUCCAAAAGUAAAGACCCUAAUUCCAACAUCCUUUAUGGCGCUUUGGUUGGUGGACCAGAUCAAAAUGAUUUUUAUGUUGAUGAGAGAGACAACUUCAAAACAAAUGAAGUGACGUGUGACUACAAUGCCGGGUUUCAGUCCGCGGUAGCAGGAUUACUCCAUUUCGCUCUAAAUGGCGAUCUUCCAGCUGCUCCUGCACGGAAAUGUAAAGAGGCUUAAUAGCGUUUUUUGCAUCUUACACCUUAUAUCUUAUUGAUAAUAAAUGCAGCAAAUAUGACAUUUA